CAGUCUGAAAUCGUCGGUCGUUGAGCGCGGAAGUGCCGAGUACGAGAGAACACGGCACAGAGCGCGAUUUGUUUGAAUGGCUGGCACGACAAGCAUGGCCACAUCCACAGCUACGUUCACGUUCAUGUGUGUGUGUGGAUGAAAGAACAACAGCAGCAGCAACGACGUCAAAAUAGUAGUGAAGCAUAAAGACCAACAAAAUAAAGAAGAAAUAAGCCCAAAACUCAACAAUAACAACAGCAGCACCAACGCCAGCAAACAAUCAACGUCAGCGUCUUGUUUUUUUUUCUUGAAUGCGAGGUGGAGUUGCUGUUGUUGGCACCUCGUGUACCUGGAUCAGUUGAGUUGCCGUAUUCGCGUGUUCCGCGCUGUAAAUCUCAGUUACAAAGUGCAUCAGUGUUAGUUAGCAAUUAAAUUGCUCAGCUCGGAAACUGAUGACAUUGGCUAUGCCCCAAUAAAAACAAAGCAAAAUGUACAUUUAUCUAAAUCGCGAAGCGUGAUAAGAAAACAUAACUUAAAGAACAAAACCAACAUUGGCUAUAACAAAAAUCUCAAUUGAAAAUAUAAUAGAGAAAAUUAAGUACAAUUUGCGAAAAUGACAAUAACGUAUACAGGUGAAGUCGCCACUUGUCGUGGCUUUGGCUGUUUUCUCAAACUGCUUCUCAGGUGGCGCGGAAGUAUUUACAAAUUAGUUUGGCUGGAUCUGCUCGCUUUUCUUACACUAUAUUAUUUACUGAAUUUGGUCUAUCGCUUUGCGCUCAAUGAAAGCCAGAAAGAAACGUUCGAGGCGAUCGUGGCCUAUUGUAACAGCUAUCGUGAUCUCAUCCCGCUGUCCUUUGUGCUCGGCUUCUAUGUCUCAAUUGUAAUGACACGCUGGUGGAAUCAGUAUACAUCUAUUCCUUGGCCGGAUCCAAUCGCUGUAUUCGUCAGCUCCAAUGUGCAUGGCCAGGAUGAGCGCGGUCGCGUUAUGCGGCGCACAAUCAUGCGUUAUGUGUGCUUGUGCCUCACGAUGGUUCUGGCGAAUAUAUCACCGCGCGUCAAGAAACGAUUUCCUGGCCUAAACAAUCUGGUGGAAGCGGGCCUGCUCAAUGAGAAUGAGCGUACAAUCAUUGAGACAAUGAACAAAUCGUUUCCGCGACCCUCCAAGCACUGGCUCCCAAUUGUGUGGGCGGCCAGCAUCAUUACGCGGGCAAGAAAAGAGGGCCGCAUUAGGGACGAUUUCGCCGUGAAGACCAUCAUCGAUGAACUGAACAAGUUUCGAGGACAGUGCGGCCUGCUUAUUAGUUAUGAUACGAUCAGUGUGCCCCUGGUUUACACACAGGUGGUUACUUUGGCCGUUUAUUCCUACUUCCUCACCUGCGUCAUGGGACAGCAGUGGACGAAUGGAAAAGUCGUGGGCACCAGUAGCUAUUUGAACAAGGUGGAUUUGUAUUUUCCAGUGUUUACCACGCUGCAGUUCUUCUUCUACAUGGGCUGGCUUAAGGUGGCUGAGUCUCUGAUCAAUCCCUUUGGCGAGGACGAUGAUGAUUUUGAAGUUAAUUGGAUGGUGGAUCGCAAUCUGCAAGUCUCCUAUUUAAUUGUAGAUGAAAUGCAUCAUGAUCACCCAGAGUUACUUAAGGAUCAGUAUUGGGACGAGGUGUUUCCCAAUGAACUACCCUAUACCAUUGCUGCCGAACGGUUUCGCGAGAAUCAUCCGGAGCCUUCCACUGCCAAGAUCGAUGUACCGAAGAAUGCCGCGAUGACCUCAGGGAUGUCAUCUGUGCGAAUCGAUGAAAUGGUUGGUAAUAAUAGCACCGGCGCUUCUGGGUCUAAGCCGCCUUCCGCUGAACAGCCACAAGGCGCCCCUAUGCAGACAGUUACUUAUGACCUUUCCAAAGCUGCGCCAGAUGAGGAGGGUGACGACGCCAGCGGCAUACACUUCUCAGCAGGCAAUGGCAAAUCGCGCUUGGGGCUAGGCUCCUCGCCCAGUCUAGUUAGUGUAUCGGGUACUCUGUCCCGGGUAAAUACGGUAGCGUCGGCACUGAAACGUUUCCUAAGUCGCGACGACAGCCGUCCAAGCUCAGCCACGCCCACUGACGAUCCGGGCAAGUAUCGCUUCCCGAGCAGCGCCAGCUCGGCCAGUUUAACGGGCACCAUUGGCGGCACAGCUGCUGUGAAACCCGCAGGCAGCAUGCGCAUAACCCAACAGGUCAUUGAAGAGGUAGACGAGCAGGCUACCAUAACGUCGAUGCGCCCCAACGAUCCGCGUCCCAAUGUAAAAGAUAUAUUUGCGCCGCCUGCUGCUCAGCCGCAAACAAUGCCGCUGCAGCCACCACUGCCUGCAACAGGAGCAGCAACACCGUCACGCUCCCAGCCCGUGGACAUACCACGACGUUCGCCGCAGUACGAGCGCGCUCACUCGCAGUAUGAUCCGACGCCAUCACUUUUUCCACCUGGUGGCGUGGAUGCUCUGCUGAGCACAUCAGCCCCAGCCGGAGACAGUCCCUUACUCAUGUCAGCAGCCACGGCGCCCAGCUCGCCGGUGGGUGAUAGCAGCAAGUCGCUGUUCGAGCAGCACAAGGCCGCCAGCCGUGAGACAGCGAUUGAGAGACCCGAUGCAGCGCAGAUUUUCAGGUGGUUCGUGACGCCCGUCGAAAAUCUUGACAUUAAAACAUCUAACGAUGUACUGGCCAACACAGCAGCCGAGGCCGCUCCGGAUGUCGGCGAUGAUUUUGAGAAGCUGAAAACUGCUCGGGAAAAGGAGAAGCUGGUGCGCCAGCAGAUGAACUUGGCACGUACCAUUAGCACUGCCCCGGGUGUGGAUCCCUCCGGAGUUGUUCCGCUGGUGCCAGUUCUGCCCGUGGCCAUGCCAAUGAUGGCGCCCAUUGCGCCCCAGGCGAAUGCAACGACCGCGCUUCCGGCUGUUGCUUCCAGCGCCGAUUUACUCGCCGGCGGCGAACCAGUGACAAAUUCAACUAUUAAAUCCCAGGAUGCCACCCCAGGAAGUUGAGCUAGCUGGCGUUUAGUAUU